AUGACAAGUGUAUUGAAAAAGUCAAGAGGCACGAAAGGUAAAUCUGAAUCGAUGCAAGAGGACUUGCCGUCUAGAUGGAUCGCCAGAGGAUUGAAGGAAGAUGCCGGGAAACUCAUAAAAUACAUCGAUGAUAAUGUUAUCGGAAAAGAAAAUUCGUUCUGCGGACCCUUCGGCAGGAGAAAAGCCUGUUAUUGGCGUUGCGUGUUUGCUUGUUUGCACGUCGAGAGGAUGUAA